AUGGGCUGUGUUCAAUCUACUGCCGUCGACAACGAGGCCAAGGCUCGCAACGAUGAGAUUGAAAACCAACUCAGACGAGAUCGAAUGAUGGCCAAGAACGAGAUUAAAAUGUUGCUUUUAGGAGCAGGAGAGUCAGGAAAGUCUACCGUCCUCAAGCAGAUGAAACUCAUUCAUCAUGGCGGCUAUAACGACUCUGAACGAGAUUCCUACAAAGAAAUCAUUUACUCGAACACCAUUCAGUCCAUGCGCGCCAUUCUGGAGGCUAUGCCUCAGCUUGAUAUAUCUCUAUCACCACAGAAUGAUGCUCGUCGUGCCGUAAUCCUCGCUCUUCCCGGCCAAAUUGAGGGCGAUGUGCUUCCAAGGGAUGUCGCCGACGCUAUUCGAGGACUUUGGCGAGACUCAGGUGUCAAGGAAGCCGUUCGUCGGUCACGAGAGUUCCAGUUGAACGAUUCUGCUGUCUACUACUUCAACGCAAUUGAUCGCAUGUGCGGACCAGGGUACUUGCCGACGGAUCAAGAUAUUUUGCGGAGUAGAGUGAAGACAACCGGUAUCACUGAAACCACAUUCAAGGUCGGCGAACUUACGUACAAACUCUUUGAUGUCGGAGGUCAGCGGAGUGAACGUAAGAAGUGGAUUCACUGCUUCGAGAACGUCACAGCGUUGGUAUUUCUGGUAUCCUUGAGCGAGUACGAUCAGAUGUUAUAUGAAGAUGAGAGCGUUAAUCGCAUGCAAGAGGCCCUGACUCUCUUCGACUCGAUAUGCAAUUCACGGUGGUUUGUCAAGACAUCAAUUAUUUUGUUCUUGAACAAGAUCGAUCUGUUCGCUGAGAAACUCCCACAUUCACCGCUUGGUGACUACUUCCCAGACUACACCGGCGGCGACAACUAUGAUGCCGCUUGCGAUUAUUUGCUUCACCGCUUCGUUGCGCUCAAUCAGAAUGCGGCAACCAAGCAAAUAUACGCUCAUUAUACUUGCGCAACGGAUACCCAACAAAUCAGAUUCGUGUUGAGUGCUAUUCAAGAUAUCCUGCUACAGAUUCAUCUUCGCGAGUGUGGUUUGCUGUGA